AUGUCGCCGUCACGAUACCGAGAGUUGUUCCAAUUGGUGCGCGAAAGAGCUUCAUGGAGUCUGCUUCAAGGCACGCAGAUUUCGAGGACAUGGACAAAGCAGCCGAGRCGAGCUCUGCAAACGAGCCAGAAGAAGUCMGCUGCGAGUCGAGGUGGUGCUGCGCCAACGAUGGAGCAAAUGAGAGCACCUUUCAAGCAAAGUAACGCAAGCACGCUUUACUACWCCAUGUCUAUUAUCCUCGGAACCGUCGCCCUAAGCUAUGGAAGUGUGCCGUUCUACAAGAUGAUCUGCCAACAAACUGGCUGGGGAGGACAGCCCAUCAAAUCAUCCGCACACGCCACUCCAGAGGGUGAGGAUGACGUUGCGGCGAAGCUGACACCAGUCACCACUUCACGACGACUACGCAUCACCUUCGCCGGUUCCACAUCGGAUGUUCUGCCUUGGAAGUUCACGCCGCAGCAACGAGAAGUAAGAGUCUUGCCAGGAGAAACCGCACUAGCCUUCUACACUGCCACCAAUCAAAGCAAAGACGAGGAUAUCAUUGGUGUGGCUACGUACAGCGUAACGCCUGCCCAGGUGGCUCCAUACUUUAGCAAGAUCCAAUGUUUCUGUUUUGAAGAGCAGAGAUUGAACAAGGGAGAGACCGUCGACAUGCCCGUCUUCUUCUACAUUGACCCGGACUUCCUUAAGGAUCCGACGAUGAGGAAUAUAGACACUAUCACGCUCAACUACACGUUCUUCAAAGCAAAAUAUGACAAGGAUGGUCAUCUUUCGCCCGUUACAUCACGGUAG